GGGGAAGACCUGCUUGCUGAUCAGCUACACGACCAACGCCUUCCCGGGAGAGUACAUCCCCACCGUUUUCGACAAUUACUCUGCCAACGUGAUGGUGGACGGGAAGCCGGUCAACCUGGGGCUGUGGGAUACCGCCGGGCAGGAGGACUAUGACCGGCUGAGGCCGCUCUCCUAUCCCCAAACUGAUGUCUUUCUGAUCUGCUUCUCCCUGGUGAGCCCAGCAUCCUUUGAGAAUGUUCGAGCCAAGUGGUACCCAGAGGUGCGACACCACUGCCCCCACACGCCCAUCCUCCUGGUGGGCACCAAGCUGGACCUCCGUGACGACAAGGACACCAUCGAGCGGCUUCGGGACAAGAAGCUGGCACCUAUCACCUACCCCCAGGGCCUGGCCAUGGCCCGCGAGAUCGGCUCUGUCAAGUACCUGGAGUGCUCAGCCCUCACUCAGCGGGGCCUGAAGACCGUGUUUGACGAGGCCAUCCGGGCUGUGCUCUGCCCACCCCCCGUGAAAAAGCCGGGGAAGAAGUGCACAGUCUUCUAGAGCCUGCUUCGAGAGGAGCAGCCCCGCCCGACCCGUGUUUGCUGUCGUGUUGAGAUGUUUGGUGUCCCUGAGUCUGCUGUGGGGGAGUGGUGUGGGUGGGGAGGGGGUAGAAGCAUGGGGAUGAGGCCACCCCUCCUGGGGACAGGGCUGGGGCAGUGGAGUCCUGUCUGCUCUGUCUCCUUUUUCUGGGGGCACAGCUCCAGCUUUACCUGGACCCCACAGGAGGCUGGAAGGGAGCAGGGUCUCCCUCGGGCUGCAGGGGCGGGUCCAGGGCAGCCCCCGGCUGGGCUUCCUGAUGGGGGAGGUUGGGGGGUGGGUCCUGUUCAUGCGCCCCAGGAAGGGGUAGCCCUUACUUCUUUUAUACAAUAAACAUUCUCCACC